UUUCAGGCGCUUUGGAAAAUCAUAAAAUUAUUUUUUUUAAACUAUUGGCAUAGGAACAUAAUACCCAAACAGAGCAAUAAGCCUCCUGUCGGUUUUCAAUGGCCCGACAGACCGUAUAACCGUCAUCGAAGCAUGAUAGGAUUUAUACUCCAAGAAAUACAUACAGAUGAAAUAAGGCCAUUCAGGUUAAUAUUUAGACUCCGCCUUCCUUCCAUUCUUACGUCACAAAUAAAAGGGCGGAGUAUGCGCCCAGCAUCACGGGAAUCGUAGUUUCACCGAGAUCAGGUUGUAAGCUAACGGUCCAACGGUCCCAUUUUUUCGGCUUCUCAAGGAUUCUUUCUCAUAAAGCAAAAAAAUAUGCCUUUUCUUUUAUACACAAGGAACUAUUACAGCUAACGGAAUCGCUCAUUAGGUAGGAUCCGCCGCACGCAUUCUUUAUCAUCUCGCCCGUCACGCGCUCUCAGGCCUUUCGGCUCGCCUCAGCGCCGGAAGUGACGCACGGUGAAGGGGCGGGCCGGCCGGCGUCCACAACGCGGAAGCGGUGAGGGAGAGCGGAAGGCAAGUUUGAGCAGUUGCGUUGGGUCGCGGCGGAGCCUCCCCUCAGGAGCGGGGCUGAGGCGGCCGCGAAGAGGACUUGGGGCCCGCCAAUCCUCCGUCCGUUCUCCCUUGCUCGCUCCGCCCCAUCCCGGGGAACCUGCCAUGAAUGUGGACGUGGAGUUUCACAUUCGCCAAAACUACCCCUGGGCCCGUCUCCCCGCCAGCGUUAAGCAGGGUCUUGGAAACUCACAACGAGAAUAUGAAAAGCAGGUUGUGCUGUACAGUAUCCGCAAUCAACUUCGGUACCGAAAUAACUUAGUUAAGCACAUUAAGAAAGAUGAACGCAAAUACUACGAGGAUCUAUUAAAAUAUAGCAGAGAUCAUCUUAUGUUGUAUCCCUACCAUUUGUCCGAUAUCAUGGUGAAGGGCUUGAGGAUAACACCUUUUUCAUAUUACACAGGAAUAAUGGAGGACAUAAUGAACAGUGAAAAAAGUUAUGAUUCAUUGCCUAAUUUUACCGCUGCAGACUGCUUAAGGCUUCUUGGCAUAGGAAGAAACCAGUAUAUUGAUCUGAUGAACCAAUGUAGGUCAUCAAAAAAAUUUUUUAGAAGGAAAACUGCCCGUGACCUGCUACCCAUGAAACCAGUAGAAAUUGCCAUUGAAGCUUGGUGGGUGGUACAAGCCGGUUAUAUCACAGAGGAUGAUAUUAAGAUAUGCAUUCCCUGCGAAAAAUCUGCAGUUGAUAAAAUCAUUGAUUCAGGUCCUCAGCUUGCUGGAGUCUUAGACUACAAUGUUGUUCACAGCUUAUAUAACAAGGGGUUUAUCUACCUUGAUGUACCAAUAUCCGAUGACAGUUGCAUAGCAGUGCCUCCACUUGAAGGAUUUGUGAUGAACAGAGUUCAGGGAGAUUAUUUUGAAACUCUGCUGUACAAGAUAUUUGUCUCCAUAGAUGAGCACACAAAUGUUGCAGAGCUAGCAAAUGUCCUAGAGAUUGAUUUGUCGCUUGUGAAGAAUGCUGUUUCCAUGUAUUGCCGGCUAGGGUUUGCCCAUAAAAAGGGUCAAGUAAUAAACCUGGAUAAUCUUCAUUCAUCAUGGCGGAACGUUCCCUCAAUAAACAGGCUAAAGACAAUGUUGGACCCACAGAAGAUGCUGUUAUCCUGGGACGGUGGGGAAAGCAGGAGUCCUGUACAAGAGGCUGGCUCUUCUGCCACCGAUACAGAUACCAACAGUCAAGAUGAUCAAGGUGACACAGCCAGCGUGAACAGCUUAAGCCUGUCUACCGUACACACGAAGAGGAUAGCAUUCCUCUUUGAUUCAACUCUGACUGCCUUUUUAAUGAUGGGGAAUCUUUCACCGAAUUUGAAAAGUCAUGCCGUCACCAUGUUCGAAGUAGGAAAACUGUCAGAUGAGUCACUGGACAGUUUUCUGGUAGAACUUGAAAAGGUUCAGAGUACAGGAGAGGGUGAAGCUCAAAGAUACUUUGAUCACGCACUUACCCUGAGAAACACUAUCCUGUUUCUGAGACACAAUAAGGACCUCGUGACUCAGGUUUCGCAAGUUGAGCAACCCAGUAAUGGUUUCCCUCUGGAUUUACUACGCUGCGAAAGCUUGCUUGGCUUGGAUCCUGCCACCUGCAGUAGAGUUUUGAACAAAAACUACACACUGCUUGUCUCCAUGGCACCCCUCACCAAUGAAAUUCGACCUACCAGCAGCUGCACCCCCCAGCAUAUUGGGCCAGCUAUUCCAGAAGUUAGUUCUGUAUGGUUCAAGCUCUAUAUUUAUCACAUAACUGGACAGGGGCCUCCAUCCCUGUUAUUAUCUAAAGGCACAAGACUUCGAAAACUUCCAGAUAUAUUUCAGGGCUAUGACCGCUUAUUAAUAACAUCUUGGGGUCACGAUCCAGGAGUAGUCCCCACUUCAAAUGUGCUUACUAUGCUGAAUGAUGCUUUAACCCAUUCUGCUGUCCUGAUUCAGGGACACGGCAUAUACGGCGUGGGAGAAACUGUCCAUAUUCCAUUUCCACUUGAUGAAGCAGAACAGCAAGGUGAUUUUUCUCGUCUUAACAUGGGUGUUCAUAAAGCACUGAAGAUGUUGAGGGAAAAGAUGGAUCUCCAGCACUUCUGUGGCUACAUCACCAUGUUGAACCCUUUCAGUCACCCUGUAAAGAGGAAGCUGAGCGAUGCGUCUGACGAAAAAGGUGAGCCAGAGCUUGCCCUGGACUCAGAUGUAAACGGAAGUACAGAGUCCUUUGAAAUGGUCAUUGAAGAGCCUUAUGUAGAUCCCGCUGCUAAACAAAGCCCAGAAGGUAUCUUUUUAGUUCCUACCACAGAACUGGAGUGGGUUCCCCUGGAACUGAGCUUCGGAAUCCCACUGUUCAGCUCAGACCUCAACCGAAAAGUCUGUCGGAAGAUUGCCAGCCAUGGAUUAUGCAGCAGAGAGAGCCUUCAAAAACUGUUACAUUCCAGCAGAAAACUUUCCCUGCAGGUCCUUAGUUUUGUUCAUUCAUUCCAGGAAAACAUUUCAACCAUGGAGUUGCUUUCAGAGGCCAGUUUUUCUUCUUCUGCGUCGAGUUUACUUUCUCAUCCAACUUCUGCUGACGCUGGGGUUCCGCUGCCCGCCAAGAAUCUCAUGUUUAAGGAUGGCGUGUUAUCGGAAUGGAGUGGACGGUCUCCUUCCUCGGUCCUAAUUGCAGCCGUGCCCCCAGAACACCUAAAAUAGCAUGGCGUUCACAACUUGCCUUUGGACUCGUGGUAACCAACUGCAUUCAACUCACAGUGCCAAUCUUCUGAAACUUGUGAUGCUAUCACAGUACGUUCCCCUGCAGUGAAGAUGUUAAUAAAGUGUGUAAUGUUACAUUUCAGUGGGGAAGAGUUAGGAGGAAGAGGCAUUUAGUCUCCCCAUUUCUUGCAUGUUCUGCCAUAAAAAAAAAAAAAAAAAAAGCUUUUGUUAGUUGUUGGCCUGUCUCUUAACUCAAGACAAUCAAUCUUUUUCUUUUUUUAACAGACAGUCCCCUUCGUAAGCUUCUUGAUCACUGAAUUUCUAUGCUGUCGCAAGGGAUAAUAGCAGUUUUAUAUAUAAGCAAUGCUGACCUUAAAUUUGCCUGGUUCUUUUGUAUUACAAUAAUACGGAACAGUUGAAACAGUUUUUGAUGUUAGAAAGGCACAAAUUACACCCAAAUAAUGCUCCAUAGCUGUCCGUGAUUCCGGCAACACUCUUGAGGACUAGCAGUACAAGGGACUAUUGCCAACCUAGUCUAUUAACUACCUGAUAAAAACGAGGGUGGGAAGAUUUCGGCUUCAAAAGAUUGAUGCUAUUUUGUACUGGGUUUUAAUCUUAAAUUUUGUAAACAUCUGCAGAUGCCUCAUGGGAAAACAUUUAAGAGAUUUAAUUAAUGUCUCCUUUCUAACGAAAAAUCUUCUCCCACCGGCACAUCAUUGUAGAGUUAGCUAUACAAAAGUUUUUACACGUAAUGGAUUUCAACCCAUAGUCCUCCCUUUGUGUGAAUUCAUCAUCCUGUGUAGAAUUUUGUCUUUGGGAAGCAGCAACAAGGAUCCCAAAAGCUGGACUUGGAAAUUUUGAGUCUGUUCCCUUGGGUUUUUGAGCGCACUCCCAUCGGGCAGCUUGGAAAAUCGCUAGGUGAAAAGGUCUUUCUUGAAAAAUAUCGUGUACACGACAGCUCCUUUGACUGUGGAUGGGGUCCAGAAAACGUUUGCAGAUGUGAUAACGAUUUUCCAUGUUGUCGAAGGCUACGUAGGAAGAGUUUUCAGUGAAUUCUGUUCAGGGGUAACCGAGACCCUCAAGCAAAUGGCCAAACUCGAGAAAAAAUUUACCUACCGUGUAGGAAUAGGCAGAUAACUGGGGAUACUAGAACUAUAAUAGCAAGGUGUUUAAAAGGAAGGCAAGUGUGAUACAGAAUUGGGAAUCUUUGAGGAUAACCCUCUGGAGAAUUUCCUAAUGAUCCUGAACAAACUGCCCAUAGGUUGCCUUUCUAUACGGUUUUCACUUGUUUCAGGGGAAUUAGAUGCAGGGGGACGUUUUAUCGUAUGGCCCCAGCAGUUGAAGUGGUUUGUUCAUAAUUUAAAAAGUUAAUGGAAAUGAUUCGUGCUGGAGUCUUUCUAGAGUUUAUCAGUGUUCCCUUCCUAGAAGGGCAAGAGAAACGUGCACAGUGUUGUUUAAUACUUAAGGGUAGUUUCGUAGGGUAGAUAACACAUUCUGCAGUGCAGUUCUGCUAAUUUCAGGAUCUUCUCAGCGGUUGCAGAGUCUAAAAAUGCAGCUGUAAAGAAGUUAGGAAUUGGAAUUGUUUCCUAAAAUCAUUGUGACCUAAAGUGGAUGAUCCAGGACUUGCAGGAAACAUGGCUAGUUUCUUUCACUGGUUCUUUUUCUUUCUUUCUUUCUUUCUUUCUUUCUUUCUUUCUUUCUUUCUUUCUUUCUUUCUUUCUUUCUUUCUUUCUUUUUAAUGCAAAUCAGCAGGUUUGAAUGGUGGGGAUGUUUGUGGGACCAAGAAUUUACAGAGCACAUUUGACAUUCCAGGAGGAUAUAGCAGGAAUUUUUUUUGUUUGUUUUUGUUUUUUUAAAAAAGGAUUUGCUGUCCAUUAAAACUUAGGUUGUUGAUAUUGUUUCAUUCCCCCCCCCCCAUCUCUCUCUCUCUCUCUCUCUCUCUCUCUCUCUCUCUCUCUCUCUCUCACACACACACACACACACACACACACACACACACACACACACACCAGUAAUCCCCUUCUAUUUCUAUUCACCAGUUCUGGUUCUAUUCUUCUGAAGAACAGGGGUAGACAAAUUUGUAUAAAGAGCUCUGUUUUAUCAAUUUUUUCUCCUUUCUCAGCAUCUUUUACCCUCCUUUCUCUCUUUAUAUUCGCAUAGGGCUUUAAUAUUUAUACUUAACACACAGCUUCACCUAAAAAUGUAAUUUAUCACCUACCAUGCCAGCACUUCACAUACCACAGCUGUUACUAAAGAGCCUUCAAACCAACAAGGAAAAAAUAGGAAGAGGAUAAAUAUGAAGAUUGAUUGCAGUUCAAAAGCCAGUUAUUGUCCAGUUAUAUUGGGAAGCCAAAUUGUUUUGGAAGGGGCACCAUUAGGAAGCAGGCUCAUUUCUGGGCAUAAAUAGCAGCUUAUUAUAUCGAAAUCUUCAGGCCGAAGACCCUCUCAUGGAAAUAACUAGAUAUCAGCAAGUACUAAAUGUUUAUCAAGCUACUCUUUUAAAUAUUGGAUAAGUUGGCAGCUAGCAUAGUUUGUCCAAAAUAAUUUGGUCUGCUCGAAUAAUUGACUUGGGUAUUGCAAUUACACAAGGCAAAAAUAUAAGGAAUAAGGGGUAUCUGUUGUAAUUAUUUUGCAUGAGAAUUAUUCUAAGAGGAGCAAUUCUCUCUCUCUCUCUCUCUCUCUCUCUCUCUCUCUCACACACACACACACACACACACACACACACACACACGUCCCCCAGCUACUAUGAUACUCGGGGCAAUUUUUCGUGUGACAAAAGAGCCAAGAUUGGGGUUCCUUUCAGAUUCGAUUACAACCGUCUUUUGUGACUUGCCUGCUCUCAACUGCCCUCCUUCAAGGCUCCUGUGAACCCUCUUUGCCACUCUAAAAAAAUGCUGCUUUCAGUUUCAAUCUACAGUUACAAUGUGUGAAAGUGAGGGGGUCUUCAUUGCUGUCUGAGCUUGCUUGUUUUUUUACAGACAUUUCAUUACUCAAACUAGGUAACUGAUGCUGUUACCCAGUUUAGAUAAUGAAACGUCUGCAAGAAAACAAGCAAACUCAGAGAGCACCAAAGACCCUUCACUUCAACCCUGAACUUACAGAUGCUCUCCUUUAAUGUGUAGAAGAUUCAGUUGCCCCCAACCCAACCACUCCCCACACUAUAACAAAAUUCAGGCACUUUCCCACGCCCCAUAUAUGUUUGUAUAUUGACAUACUAGUGGAUUUCCCACAUAUUUGAAUUUUCAAGGGUGGGCCAGGAAUGGCGGCCAUGUUGUCGUCCUGUUUUCCUUAAAUGCAGAAUGGACAUCUGUACCUAGAAAUUCACCAGAAAAGAUUCAAAUUUCAGAGCUAUCCAAGAGAUGGGCUGAGAUUCCCAUAUCACCUUGAUUCAGGCUUUUUAUUUGAUUCCCGGAUGUCAGAUAAUGCAUUUCCUUUUUUUUUUUUUUUUUUUAGUCCUAAAACUAACCUUAAAGCUUCCAUAAAACUACUGGUAGGCCAGCUACCUUUUUGGAUGCAGUUACGCAAGGCCUGACAAGCCAGAAAGGUAACACUUAAACUAGAUAUGAAGGAGAUACUGAAUGGUGAAUAAUGGCUAUAUUGCAAGGGGUCCUGGGUGGGUGAUUCUGUAACAGAAAACAGAGAUACAAAGCAGAGCCUUAAUUUGUCGUUUCGGGGUUUUUUUAUGUGUGCAUAUGCUAUAUUUUAGGGUUUUUUGAAUGAUGAUUUAAAUAUACUGUGAACAAAAGCAAAAUUUUAACAUCUGUGGGAUCCAUUAAUUUUUUUUAUUGGUUCGGGGUUUUGUUUUUGUUUUUUUCUUUUUUUCAGCAGCUUUUACUUGUCCAGAAUCAAGUUAGUAGUAUUUUAGGCCAUAACAUUUCAUGGUUUGUCUUUGUGCUUCAUUAUUAAGAUGUAAUCUGCUUUUUGAAUUUAGAGUAAACGAGACAUCCAGAAAUAAUAUUUUUAUUGGACUUGCUCUGUGAGUUUCUCCAGAAUGUGUUUUAUUUCAAUGAUUCUUUUAUAUAUAUGUAUGUGUGUAUACAAUUUCUUCUUCCCUCAGCUAAAUUCUUUCUUUCAAUAAUCCUGUUACUUUUCUUUGUAUUUCCUGUUUUUAAUGCUGCUUGUAUUUUGGAAGGUUUUAAAACAUGGGACAGUAACAACCAUGUUCCUAACCCAACUUUGACCAUAUACAGUGAAAUGUACAAAUGCUGGAAUUCAGUUAACUUAUUGGAACAUGUAACAUAAAUGUUUACAAAUAAAAUUGUGUUGCUAGUCUGGAA